CCCCCGUCCCCAGGACCGACCCCAAUUGGCCAUCCCUUUGUCCGGCCGGACCCCGAGGGGGUCCCCAACCCCUCCACCCCCAAAGCGCAGCUGACCUCGGAGUGACCCCGGGGUGCAGGACCAGCUCCCCAUCCCAUUGCUCCCGGAGCCUCCAACGGCCCCCCGACCCCCGACCCCUGACCCCUGCCCCACCCCCCGGCUCCUGCGGGAGGAGAGAGGAAGCCAGAGGGGGGGCGCAGCCUGAAGCAUGAGGGGGGAGCUGGACAUCACGUUCCACCGUAGGCGGCGGAUCAAGCUGAUGGACUACGCCGUGAUCACGGUGGGGGUCACCCUGUUCUUCAUCUUCCUGUACAUGGCCAUGAAGAAGCUCUGGGACAUGUCCAGCAGCAAGCCUCCCUUUAACCAGUUCCCUGACCUGAACUCGACGGUCCCACACACGUGAGCCGGGCCUGCUCCCCUGCUCCCCCCGGACCCGGAGAAGAGGUGUUAAAGGGUGCCUGGGCUCGCACCCCGACUCUCACCACUUUCUCCAUAGUCAGGCAGCACACCCCACCCAGAACCUGCUAUCUGGCGGGGUCCCAUCCGGUCCAUCUUCUGGUGGAACCGGAAGCUGACAUCGGUGGCGAGGUUGGGGGAGGUCCCGGCUGGGGGGUGGGAAGGGGUUCCUGGGAAGCCUGAAUUCCCAAACUGGAGCGAAAGGGAUCGGGAGUUGACCGGCGAGCUGGGGAAACUGUCCCCAAGGUCCAGGGAAAUAAAGUGUCCUGCUUCCACAGGUAGCUGUGGCUCCUGCUGAUUCCCUGACAGGGACCACCGCCCUCCUCACACACACCAGCCCCUGCCAAGCCCUUGCCCCCCACCUUGCCUCCCCACCCCACCUUUACCAGUAAAUAGAGAGCAAAGAAACGGGGGGGAAGAGCCAGCAUAUCAUGAGCGGGCCCUCACGCCCUCCUCCUGGCAGAGCGAAAGUCCACCUCUGCCCCUCUACACUUACCUCUUCUCCCUCCCUGGGCCUGGAUUCCCAAAUUACUAACAUGGGAAGUGGGCGGGGGUCCCAUGAAAGGGGUCGUGUGGACGAGGGGGGUUGGUGGGGCUGAGCGGGCCGGGCUCCGGGCCCGGGCUGAGGGUUUCCCGCUCACCACAUUCAGGCGGGAGCUGUAAUUUUCCGGUUAUAUAUAGCGGGAGUAGGGGUUGGGCCCCCGGCCGGGAGGCUAUAAAGGCUCGUUCCACCCUGGGCCGCUCCUGGGAGGCCGCAGCCGGAGCCCAUGGACGUGUCUUAUCCACGCGAGGACCACCAGCCCAUGGAGCCUCACAAGCCCGCCCCCGCCCCCACGGUCAUCAACAUGGGGACCCCCGUCCUCCCUCGGGACCACAUGGUCUGGUCCAUCUUCAACACCAUCUACCUGAACCUCUGCUGCUUGGGCUUUAUAGCGCUGGCCUAUUCUAUCAAGGCCCGGGACCAGAAGGUGGUGGGCAACAUGGCGGCCGCCCGCCACUUCGCAUCCAAGGCCAAGUGCUACAACAUCCUGGCCACCAUGUGGACCCUGGUGCUGCCCCUGCUGCUGGUGGCCUUGCUGGUGACCGGCGUCCUGCACCUCUCCAAGCUGGCCCAGGGCUCCAUGAGCUACUUCAGCGUCAAGUUCGACGAAGCCGACUACGACUAGCCCCGCCGGGGCCGCCUUCCCCAGCCCCCGCUGCGGCCCACCGCCUCCUCCCCGAGCUCGCUUCCUCCUCCCCUGCCGCGACCCCAGGAAAGGGACUGCAGAAGGAGGUCGGGGGAGGGGGCAGGAGUCCUCCAACCCGGGGGCAACCCCCGAGUCGCCCACCCGUCCGGCCCCGGGGAGGCCUCGGGGCCCUAGCACGCCCCGCGGUGUGCUGCCGACCCCCGAACUUCUUUCAUCGCUUCAUCCGCUGGGGCCAGGAGAGGUGAAAAUAGUUCCUCUGCGGGGCAGCCCCUGGUCUUCCCCAAAGCAGACACCCACCCCACCACCCCACCACACACACAAUAUCUUGAUCUCCCAUCGCUCUCCUCACUUGGGGGAGCUGCCCAGACCUCCACCCACCUCACCUGGGGACCGAGCCUCCCUUCCCCUCCCUCCCCCGAAAGUGCGUGGCCCCGACAUUUGCCCCACUGCAUCCCGGGGGGGCUAGUGGGGAGGCCUCGCCCAGGUGCUUGUACUGAAGGGGCUCCCCUCGCCCAUUAAACACACCCCCUGGGGAACAGAA